GAGGCGGAAGGGCUUGUAUUUUAUAAGAGUGGAGAUGACAACUUGAAUGAUCAGAAAGACUACUCAGCCAAGCAACGAGAUUAUUUUCUGUGAGUGUUUCAGAUUGUAAACAUUUGUGUUGACAGAUUUUCACGCUCAGCCACCAAAGGUCAAAGCCACAGUGUUAUUUUGAGGAUGAAAUUCUUCCUGGCGACUCUUCUCUGCUUCAUGAUGUGGAUGAGCGUGGCCCAUGCAGCCCAUGGACCUGUAAUGAGCUGCCUGUGUCCGAGAAGGUCCACCACCAAACCCCGCAUUCACCUAAUUAAGAAUUACACCAUUCAGCCUGAAGGCAUCUGUCACACAGCUGUAGUGUUUCUGAUGCAGGCAGGGAAAAGAAUCUGCUCCGACCCUGAGAAAGACUGGGUACAAAAAGCCAUGCUGAAGGUGGACCAGGAGACAAAAGCACUGCUAGAGAUGGAAGAGACUGAACAGGGAUCAACAACUGACAUCACACCAUCCACUACAGCGUCUACUACGGCGUCCACUACAGCGUCCACUACGGCGUCCACUACGGCGCCCAGUAUGGCGUGCAGUGUGGCGCCCAGUACGGCGCCCAGUACGGCGUCCAGUACGGCGCCCAGUACGGCGCCCAGUACGGCGCCCAGUACGGCGCCCAGUACAAUGUCCAGUACACUGUCCAGUACAGUGUCUACUACAUCAAAAAAAACACCAAGGAAGAGACGCAGGACAACAAGGAAACGGAUGAGGAAAGCGACCUGGAGAAGGAUGAAGGGGAAGAGAAAACGUGGUUGAGGAACUGCAAGACAAGUCCAACUUACCACUGUCAGCAAACAUUACUCUUUCCAUUUGGGCUUGUCUUAUAUACGCUAUAUCACAUUAACAGUAAACAAGCCUGAAGCAAAAAUAAACUUUUAUAGAUCAUUAUGAUGAUGAUUAAAUACACAGUAUAUAUUUAAAUGUAUGAUGUCCAUACCAUGUUGUAUAUUUGUGUGUGUAUGUCAAAGUAUAUAUCUUGACCUUUCCUACUGUCAGCUGCCAAUAAAGUAUUCUCUGAGCAAAUAAUGUGCUGUUGUUAUUAAACCAAUGGAGCACAAUCUGAAUCAGAAUUGAUCCGCGUAUGGAAUCUGUCUCUCAAUGUGCAGGAAGUAAACCAACAAAAUACAUCUUAACCGAGACAAGAAAUGGACAAAGAUGAACAUCAUAGAUGAAGCGGUUACUGUAUGUACAACGAGUGGGUAUAAACAUAGAAAAUGGUGGGACAAACCAACAUACAAGAAAAUUGACACAGUUUUGUUCUGGUUAGUAGCUUUACUGUGCAAGGCGUGCUUGAAGAUGCAAAGAAGGAUGCUCCUUGUCUGUGUACUGACCUGAUAGAUGCACAAGUCCUACAUCUGAGCAGGUCAACGCUGAAACGCUGAAGGUCCAUUGAAAGCUGUUUUUGUUGUAUUAUUUUACUGUGAUCAUUUUUGUCAUUUGCCAUUGGAAAAUGCAGCAUGCUGUUAUAAUUACUUGUUCUCAUUGUGCAUUUACUAAAUUGCCAGUAUGUUAUGCCGGCAAAUCACAUCAUCUUUUCAUUUACUGUGGUGUGCACAAAAUGUCAAAGAAAUCUUCCUGAAUGUGGCAGAGUGACUGGAUGGAUAGAUAAUAAUCAAAAGUCAACCUUUAUUUCUGUUAUCA